AAUUCAACCUUUUUAGCGCUCCUCUAAAUAUGUCCGUGAGUGUACAUUCAUAUGUCGAAUGUAUUUGGAUUCAGCUACGAAAUCAUCAUUUACGAUUGUAGUGUCGUGUCACCGGUAGCACACAUGUAUUAAUAAUUGUGUCAGUAAUUGAGGUUAGUACACGUGUUAAUGACACGUGUGUUGAAAUUAUAGUUUUAUUACAACGAAAUGGAUUCACCAACGACUAUUUUAGAGGCUAUUGUGUUUUUGGACUUGUUCGCAGCAGGUCUGAUUGUACCCCAGCUGCCGCCGCAGGCAAGGGCCCUGGGCUGCAAUUAUGUGCUGGUGGGGUUCAUGACAGCGGUCUAUGCAGCUUUCCAAUUUGCUUCAGGACCUUUGACUGGUAGUCUAAGCGAUCUCAAAGGCCGGAAACCUACGUUGCUGCUCACUCUAGCGCUCAGUGGUGCAGCUUACGUACUCUUAGGACUGACAUCGUCUAUUGCUUUGUUCCUAGGAUUGAGAGCCUUGUUGGGUAUUUUCAAGCAUACUCAACAACUGGUCAAGUCUCUUGCUCCGGGAUAUAUUAAAGAUGAAAAUGAGCUAUCACCUUUAUACAAGAAGCUUGGUACAUGGAAGCAAGCUGGCAUGACACUAGGACCCAUAGUUGGGGGUCACAUUAUGGAGAUGAAUCCUGAAAAUGGAUUCACUGUCCUUGCUGUUCUCGUUGGGACCAUUUUUGCUAUUAAUUCAGGACUAGCAAGAAAAUUACCAACCAACGAAACAAAAGAAAACAAAAAUGAAGAUACAUCGAUUCAAGAAUUAGCACCAAAGCUCGUAAAUUCUGUAACCAACCACUUCACCGAAUCUCUAGAACAAUUCAAGAAGAUGAACUGGGAAACCUAUGGAGAUGUCUUUGCUUUAAAACUUUUAUUAUCUUUAGCAACUGCAGUAUACUUUUCUAACUUUACCUUAUAUUUGAAGUCCAACUACGAUGCAUCCCCGGUAGCUAUAGGCUAUGUUACCUCACUGUUAACAGCUACAGGUGCCAUCUGUGUCUAUUGCAUAGAAUACAUCAAUGGUCAGUACGCUGAAGACAACGAUUUCUCUGAAAGGGCCAAGCACAUCUUUUCACUAUUAACAGUAGCUUUAAUAGGUAUGGCUAUAGCCCAAAAUAUAUCACUAUACGUCGUUUUUGUACUACCGCUAGCUGCAAGCAUUGCUGUGGGUAGAUUGGUUACUUUAGAAAUGGUGCUAAGUAAGACGAAUGAGAAUCAAAAAGCUACAGCGCUAAAUGUUGCUGAGAAUUUGAGAUCACUAUCAGGUGUUAUAGCACCGUUAUUUGUUGGUGUUGUUAGUGAAUUAUUUGGUGUUACACUCGGUAUCUAUAUUGCAAUAUCGUUAGCCGGUUUUGGUGUAUAUCGAAUUUAUAAAAUCAAAGAGGGAGGUAAAACUGCUAAGAAGAAAUGAAUUUGUCAACUGAAUUUUAAACGUUUGUGUUGUGUUUUUUUAUUGAAGUG